AUGGCGGCAUUCCCCUCCCCACCCCCGCCCAAAAGCGCCCUUGGAAGACACCGGCUCCUGGCUCCCAACGCGUCAGUCCGAGUUAGCCCUCUGUGCUUGGGUGGCAUGAGUCUCGGUGACAAAUGGGGAGGUUUCUUGGGCGAGUGUACAAAGGAGCGCGCCUUUGAGCUGCUGGACACCUUUUACGACCUCGGCGGGAACUUCAUCGACACGGCAAACAAUUAUCAUAACGGGCAAAGCGAAAGAUGGAUUGGAGAAUGGCUGCGAGAGACUGGCAGGCGACAAGAAAUGGUCAUCGCUACCAAGUACACGGCGAGCCCGAGGAUGGGUGAAUCUGGCCAGGGGAGCAACUUUGGUGGUGCGGGGUCGAAAAGCAUGCAUAUUGCCAUUCGCGAGAGCCUGGAGCGUUUACAGACUGACUAUGUUGACUUGUAUUUUGUUCAUGUCUACGACUUUGCUACCGGAAUCCCCGAGCUUAUGCAGUCUCUCAAUCAUCUAGUCCAGCAGGGGAAGGUUCUGUAUCUCGGCAUCAGCGACACACCUGCUUGGGUCGUUGUGAAGGCCAACGCCUAUGCUCGCCAACAUGGCCUGCGUCCGUUCUCCGUUUACCAGGGUCAUUAUUCCGUGCAGUUGCGAGAUCUUGAGCGGGACGUCAUCCCGAUGUGUCGAGACGAAGGAAUGGCAGUCCAUGCUUGGGGCGUCUUGGGUCGUGGUUAUUUUAGCACCCCUGGCUCUGACGAGAAAAAGGAAGGCGGACGGAAUACCGCCAUUGGACGAACCGGCCGCGAGGAGAGGGUGUGCGAAGUAUUGAACAACGUGGCCCAGCGCCAUGGAGUGCCGCUCACUUCUGUUGCUCUUGCCUACGCUCUGCAAAAGACGCCUCAGAUGUUCCCCAUCAUUGGUGGCCGAAAAGUCGAGCAUCUCAAAGCCAACAUCGAGGCCCUUACUCUCGAGCUUACGCCCGAGGAUAUCAAAGAGAUCGAAACAGGGUAUGAGUUCGACGUAGGGUUCCCGCAUAACUUUACCAAUCCAGAUCGCUUUGCCGCCCUCGGCCCGGAGCACAUGGGAGUGCUGAGGUGGCUUGGAUACUUCGAUUAUGUUGCCCAACCUCAAGCCAUCAAGCCGCAUAAGGGAGAUCUAGGAGCGCAAUGGAAGGCACCUUAG